CUUCUUCGUUAUUGUUCUGGGAUGACGUUGCUCUCAUUCUGUCUUUCAGACUCGUCUGUGGAGCUUACAGCAAUGGGAAAACACAUUGUUGCCUUGGUGCUUUUCUGCCUCUCUGCUUUCUUGUCGUGUGUGUGUAGCUUCUCCUUUGGCUCGGAAAUCAGUUUUGUCACGUGCGGCUCGGUGGUGAAGCUGCUGAACGUUCAGCACAAUGUCAGACUGCAUUCUCACGACGUGCGCUACGGCUCCGGUAGUGGCCAGCAGUCUGUGACUGGAGUGACCACAGUGGAAGACAGCAACAGUUACUGGAGCGUGCGUGGCACCAGUGGGGCGGGUUGCCAUCGAGGGACUCCAGUCAGAUGUGGCCAGAACAUCAGACUCACACACGUGAACACAGGCCGAAAUCUGCACAGCCACUACUUUGCAUCUCCGCUGUCGUCCAACCAGGAAGUCAGUGCCUUUGGAGAGGAUGGUGAAGGUGACCAUCUGGAUGAGUGGACUGUACUAUGUGGGGGUUCUGUAUGGCAGCGGGAUGAGUCGGUACGCUUCCAGCACAGUGCGACAGAAGCACUGCUGUCGGUGACGGGCGAACAGUACGGCAGGCCCAUUCAAGGCCAGAGAGAAGUGCACGCGAUGACCAGCAGCAGCCAGCACAGUUACUGGAAAGCCAUGGAGGGCGUUUUCAUGAAGCCCAGUGAAACGGGUCCCAAAGACUUCAGCAGUUCGACACACACCGAGUUGUGACUGCUUUCACCCCAGGAAACAGUUUGUCUCACAGCAGAGUGUGUUCUUCAUGUUCUGUCUUCAUUUGUGUUCCAAAAAUCUCAUGCAAAAGGAUCUUUCAUCCACAUUUCAAAUGUGACAAAUCACAUUACUUUGACUGAAGAGCACAGAGACCUUAUACUAAAUCUUUUUUUUUCUCCAUGAAUACAAUUUAAUUCAUCCUUAUUUAAUAUUUCUAGUUGGAAAUCUAGAGGGGUCUAUCAACAGCAGUAAUUAAUGGUAGCACAAUGAGUGGCACCUUGGACACAGGAACGUAUUUGGCAUGUAUACAGUUGAGUGCAAAAGUUCGCAUACCCUUAUGACAAAGAAGACAGAUGUAAAUGUGUGGCGGUCUGGGAAAAGCCUUUAGGUAUCACUGCCAAAAAUCCCCCUAAAAAAAACUAAAUUCUGCCAAAAUGAUUUUUUCUGCCAAAGGCGUGGUUUGUACUUGAGUUGUGACCUGCUUUGGUGGUCGUGAAUGGUGUUGUUCACAAAUCUGGAUGAUUUAAAAGCGACAUCUAUUAGAUGACUCCUCAGAGUCAAAACAUUCCUGUCUAUCAGGCGCCAUGCGUGCAUAUAUAUAUAUAUAUAUAUAUAUAUAUAUAUAUAUAUAUAUAUAUAUAUAUAUAUAUAUGUAGUGUAGUGUACAUAUAAAACAUGUACACUACCGGUCAAAAGUUUUUUUCCUUAUUUUGAUUUUUCCCCCCACGUUUUAGAAUAAAAACUCUGGAAUAACACAACUGGAACUAUGGGACUUAUGUUGUCAUAAAAAUAAUUGAAUAUUUUAACAAUUGUUAUCAGGUUGAUAUUCUCUUCCUGAGGCACCCAACCGGGCGCUAAUGGCUAUGCAAACAUCAGGUAUCAUCGCUUUUGGUGGAUCAUAAAGGCGAUAGAUACUUUUUUAAGAUACUUUUAGCAUCUUCAAAGUAGACACCCUUUUUGCCUAGGAUUUCCAGAAAUGUAUUCUUGGCAUUUUCUCAACCAGUUUCUUGAGGAAACUCCCUGAGAUGCUUUUUAAACAGUAUUAAAUAAGUUCCCACACAUGCUGCACACUUAUUGGCUGCUUUUUGGAAUAUUUCAUAAGUCAUCCAUUUAAAAAAAUAUUUUUUUGUAAAUAAAAUGUUAGUUUUCGAAUGAAAGAAAUUAUGUUUGCACACCGAUUUCAAACAUUUAAUCAUACACCUUCAGAUCAAAAGAUUUUUAAGAUCAUGAGAAACAUUUCAGUCAAGUUUCUCCAAACGUUUGACCGGUAGUGUAUAUCUGAAUGCUUUUUUCGAGGCAGUGCAUUUUUACAGCACACUAGAAUUAUAGAUAUAUCUUCCCUUCAUGCUUUUACCUCUCACACAAGAAACACUACAGAAUAGCUGCCUUAUAUUAACAUUGCAGUAUUAUUCAUAUUAUUGUGAACAUUGUGCAGUGGUUAAAGUUUAUUCCAGUAUUCUUCAAGCUGUCUAGAUAAUGAUAUUUAUGCUUUUAUUCAUUGGGCUACCAGUUUGUCCAAUACAAAUCAGUAUUAUAAUGAAUUGACAAAAGUGAAACACUUGAGAUCAAUAGCCAGUUAAUCAUAUUGAGAUAAACAAGAAAACAACUGACAUCUGAGGGAUUGAACAUGAUUCAUCAUUGCAUUUUAAUUAUGAGUUAUUUUAUUAGUUAAGUAAUAAAUAAUACAAGGUUUGCUUUGUAAUUUCUCUAUAUUACAGACAGAAAGAGCGAUACAAGAAUUAUUUCCCCAUACAGUCCUGAAAUGAAUGAAAAAUGAAUCCCAAUCCUCUGAGCUAGAAAUUGUACUAUUCGUUCUGUUUAUUUUGUAUUUGGCUUAAAAUUGCACAAACUGUAUACCAGACAACCAAAAGUUUCUCCUGAAAGGUGUGUGAAAAGCGACAGUGGUAGAAAUGUAGUUAGCAUUGUGUUUAAUUCAUUAGUCUCUUCUUAGUAUUGUGUGAAUUGCACUUUAAAUCAAACGGACUAGAUACGGCACAUGUGAAAGUACCCUAACCACAUUAAAUGUUUCAAAUAUGCACAUUGUUACUACAUUACUACAACAACAAGCUCUUAUUUUUAAAGCAAAUACACUAAAGGUACUACAGUAAUUAUUAGUGUACUGUAGUCCGAGUUGAGAAAGACUUUGAAGACUUUGAAGAAAGCAUUGCUGCAGUCUUCCCAUAGUAAAGGUUUGCCAUAAUAAAACGUUGCUUUAUCAACCUGGACCAAGUUGCUCGAGAUUAAUUUGGAUCCAUAUGUUAAUUUAUUUCCCUAUAUUUUCAAAUAACGUGUUACUUAAAUGUCCACUUGACUGAGGAAAGCCAUAUUUAUAAUCUGUUAUUAAAUGGCUUCCUGUUCUAAGCUGUUACUCCAACAUGAAGCCAUGGGAGAAUGUGUAUAUAUUAAUAUGUUAAUAUAUUAGUGUAUAUACAGUCAGCUUCAAUAUUAUUCCCUUGUUCUCUUCACUCAGGUAAAAGAGUAAACAUGCUUCAAUUACAUUUACUCCAAAGAAUUUCUAAGAGUGCCAAUAAUUGUCACAUGUGGUUUAAAAAAUAUUUUUAUUUCUUAGAAGAAAUUUGCUUCAGUUACAGCUCAGAUUUGUCUAAUGUUACCAGUGUGAAAUUGUGCUAAUUAACCAAAAAAAGGAAAACAAAUACAUUUUUAAAUAUAUAUUUUUAAACCAACCUUUACGAAGAGUAAAGGCCGAUAAUUCUAGAGCUGACUGUAUUAGAAUACUGUAGUACUAAAUUUUGUAAUAUGUAUUGGCUGGAUUUUCACAUGGUGCAAAUAAAACAUGCUGAUUUUAAGGGACA